GAGAUUAUUGCAGCAAUGGGUUCUUUGCAGUGCCACAAGACCACCGAGAAAGGCUUGGGCCAAGGAUAUUAUGGCGGCGGUUCCGGUUGGGGAUCCCAGUCGAACCAAUGCCAGAAUGGCUAUUCAAUGUCUUACAGUGAACACGAACGCCAUGCCCAAAUCCGCUGCCCCACCUAUGGAAUGAGCGAAUCCCACACCGCUUACGGAUAUGGCAAAUCUCAUGGCACCCACGGAAAUGCAAUGUCGAAACCUCAAAUCCACGGUCAUCAUCAUCAGACCAAGCCUGGUUAUGGCUAUGGCCAUGACGGAACCAACGGCCAUGGGAAGUUCAAUAACCAUGGAAUGCAGCAUAGCCCGCCGCAACACGGCGGCAAACUGUCAGGCCACGGAAACGGGUACAGGAAGCCCCAAACAUAUGGCCACGGCGGAAACAUGACCUAUAGAAUGACCGAAAACGAAACUUGCGAGUAUCGUAGCGAAGUUUACUAUUCCAAACAGUCGCACUACAACAGCGGAGGCCGUGGACGCCUCGUCGGGAAAGGCACCCAGGCGGUUAAGGGUCUGAUAGGGAAGAUAAAGAAUGGCCUUUCAGGUAAUAACAGCAGCAGUGACAGCGAAAGCGACAGUGAUGACGAAGGUCACCGGAAGAGGACGGUCUGCGUAAGCAAGGUAUUAUGAUGGAACUAUAUGCAAACAUGGUGAAGAUGUUGGCGAUAUAAAAGCCAGACGAUAUAAAAUAAAAUCGCCAUGGGAAGGAAUGAACAAAAGAAUAAUUA